CAACCAAACACGUGCUUCCUGUUGCUGCCCGCAUGUUGCCUGUCCCUUUCUGAUUUUUUUGAGCCACAGUAAGAACAACACAAAGUGUGCAGCUCUGAAAACGGAGGAAAAUCUCUAAAAUGCCGCGAGCCAAGCAGUCAGCCCGGAGGAAGAAGUUUGACUACAACCGGAACCGGAAGAACGUGAAGACGAAGAACAAGAAGAAGUCGAACCCCAGGAUCGAGCAAUCUCAGAUUCGAAAUGCGUGGGAUGAUAACAAGUCCGUCGCCAGGAACCUGCAGGAGAUGGGUCUGGCUUUUGAUCCUAACCGCUCUCUGCCCAUAAAACAGCAGAAGCUCCUCAGGGAAGAUAAGAAGCCUGGCGUCGUCACCAAACCCUACAUCGUACAGCAGCUGGAGGCGGAGGCCAGCCUCCCCGGGAAAGACACCAAGACGUUAUCGACCGACCUGAUCGAAUACGUUCAGUACAUGAUCCGAGAGCACAACGAGGACUACAAGGCGAUGGCCCGAGACGAGAAGAACUACUACCAGGACACGCCCAAACAGAUCAAGAGGAAAAUCAACGAGUAUAAACGCUGCCACCCGCAGCACUACGAGGCCUUCGUCAGCUCGCUCGCAGCUCCAGAGCCGAUGGUCCAGUAGAAGAUCCGGUGUGGGUCUGAGGAAGUGGACUGUGGACAUUCAGACUUAGGUCGAGUGUUUGGACAGACAGUAAAAUACUGGAGCUGUCGGCGAGUGCCGAGGAAACACGUCCGUGUUGUAUUUCUGGGACAUUUCUCUCUUCUUUUGUAUUUUUAAUUGAGUCAUUUUGUUUCAGGAUUUAUUCGCUCUUUCUUGUGAAAGUCAAACAUGACUGAAAUGAGAUUUUUAAUAAUUUAAACCCCUUGAAGCUCAUCCAGCAGGUGUGGGGUUUUUUCCCUUUCUGGGAUAAAAGUAUUUCACUUUCCUCCAUUAUCCUCAUAAACCACAGGAGGACCCAAACAUCCAAGUAAAAUCAUGAAAAAUGAAUCUAUUUUUAAUGGUGUGUUAAUUGAUUUCUGUUUUUAUUCCCAAGCAAACCCGCGCAAAGUCCCAAACCACAAGACAAGAAUGAUCUGUGCAGGGAUCAAAUAUGAAGUGAGAUGCUAAAAUAAAGAAGUCGGUGAAUCUUUUCACUGAUAAAUAACAAAUAUGUGAGCGGUUUCCAAACCCUCUGGAAUUUUUCAGCCAGAAAUAAAAGUCGGGAUGAUUGUUGAGGACGCUCAAAGAGUUUCUGGAUGUGACCAGAAGCAACAGAUAAAAAUAUUUUCGCUCAUUUGGAGGAGAACAGUACAAAAAUGUUAAAGCCGUGUGAAAGCGUGACCCAGAUCUUGCUUUCGGCGUGGCUUUAAAGACAGAAAAUUACAUUUCACAGCUCUAUUUUAAGCAAUUCUUCUUUAAGGGAUGGAAACUGACUGCAGCGAGUCUCUGUGUGAUACAAAUAAGGAUUAUUUCGAACUGUUAACCAUGCAAAGCUCCUUAAGUAGAGUCCAAUAGUAGUCACGUUUAAAUGCAGAGGAAGUUUGACUGUUCGCCCAGUUUGUGUCACUGUGAGUGUUUAGAUAGAAACCUCAUUAGUCUGGUUUUACUCUUUUACUGAGGUUGUUUUUGCAGCAGAAGCUGAAUCAGGAUGAAGUCUUAAAUUUAAAAACAUGUUUUAAUCGGACGCUCAAAGUGCUUCACCAUCUUUGAACAACCUGCAGGAGCCGUCAGUUUAAUCAGUGGAGAUGGAAGUGAGGACAAACACGAUGACCCUGAGGUGAAGGUGAGAUAAGUGAUAACAGACAGGUUGUGGUGUCCUUUCAAAGUAAGAGAAACACGUGUCCAUGAGCUCCUCUGAAGACGGGGCGGGUCUAACAAAUCGGCCUGUAUUCAAUGAAUCCCUUUUAAAAGGGUCCAUUAUAUUACGCUUGGUGCUCUAGUGAAGUGUUUUAUUUUACAAGGCUUGGAGGAGCAUGGGUCUGCUAAAAGGAGACAAAAAGGAAUUAUUUUAAUGACCAAAAGGGGGCGACGACUCUGAGACGAUGGACCCGCUGAGCUCAGUGAACACUUUGCUGACGAGUUCAAGGGCUCAGCUUCUAGUUUCAUGUCUUCAUGACUACAUUGUGAUACUGAUGAUGUAGAUUAUGGUCUCCAUUAUUCAAAAAGGCAGAUAAACCAAGGUAAAAUAAUUUACUCAUUGGCUAACCAAUGAACGUUCAGCGUCCCUCAGUUUCACAGCCCGCCCCUCGCUCUUCACGACAAUCAACCCAAGAGUUGCAAAAAUGUUUCAGUUUAAACUUAAACUACAGUCGUGCGUCACUGAAUCACAGAAAGUUUAAAUCAAGGGUGUUGAACUCGUUUUAUAUCGUGGGCCAGAUGUGCAAAAAUACAAGAUAAAUGUGUUAAAGAUAAAAGUUACAGAAAAGGUUCUUGUACUUCAUACCUCAGACUGUCCUAUAGUUAUAAAAAAUAAAGCAUUAGUUAUUUAUUAA